GAGAGAUUCUAAAGUAGCUUGUUUGGGAUGAAAUAGUCCUUCAAGGCAAAAGCGAAUGCCUGAAAUAGAACAAAAUCUCGGAAUCACAGAAUGGCAUGGGUUGGAAGGGACCUCUGGAGAUCAUCUGCUGGAGCAGAUCCUGUGGAGUAGAUUGCAGAGGAAAGCGUGAACAAAUACCCUCCUGUGGUAUGCGCAUAUGGUAUAAAAAGCAAGCCCGGCAUAAAGAUGACCGCCGAUUUGUAUUGCGUUCAAAACGGAACAGGCAACAAGUGACUCUCAAAAUUUCAGGAAGUUUAAACAGGUCACAAAAGUCGGAUUAGUGUGGAGAUAAUGAACGCGCAACUUUUAUUUUUCCAAAUUUGUGACAAACACAAAGGAAAAUCACAGAAGGCUGGAGGGUGAUGAAAGCCCAGGCUGGUGCCCAAAUGCAUGCAGCCAUUGGCUGUGAGGUCACCGAGCAAGAAGGGGUUGUGACAUCAGCGAGAGAUGAUUGUGGUCUCACAGGCCCUUGCUGUAUAAGCUCAGGUGCUGGCAAAGCCCAGCGUGCACUCGUGCCUGGACUCCAGUCGAGCACAGCUGCGAGACUUGGACCCGCUGAACGAGGCCUUGGUUAGGUUGUGCUGUUCUCGGGGCGGCAGUUCUUGGUGCCCAUCCUACAGCAUCUUCAUUUCCCCAGCCCUGCCUGGCUCAGGUAGCUGGGGCCUAGCGGGGUGUGCUGCAGCAGCAGAGUUUGUCAUACCUCCUGCCCACUGCAGCACCGGUGAGGGGAGCAGCUUCCCAGGCUCAGCUCUCCCCAGCCCACCGCACAGCCCGGGGCCAUGGAGGUGGCAUCUGACUGGACCUGCCCCAUCUGUGGGCAAAGUCGCGAGGAUGUCGCCUACGUGACCCCCUGUUCCCACCAGCUUUGCUAUGGCUGCGCGUUCUGGUGGGCGAUGAAGAAGCCAACGUGUGCCGUGUGCGGGCACAAAACAAAAACCAUCCGAUACUCGGUGAGGUCGGAUGAUGAUUACAUGGAGUGUCCUGUCCCGCAGCCUGCAGGACACUCGGGCAGCGGCCUGCAGGGUGAGCAGGGGCCUGCAGAGCCAGUGCUCAUCGCACCGGAGCACAGCUUCCCGCCCGAGGUCUGGGCUGCCUUUUUCGAACAACACCCGCAAGACCUCGAACCCCUGUUCCAGUGGCUGCAAGAAGAGAUUGAGACAACGAUCUCUGGCAGCGAGUGGUGGGAGGUGUUUGCCAGACAGUGCACCGUGGUGGGCUUCCUUUGCACAUACGGGCUCAACCAGGUGGCCUUGCUGAGGGUGCUGCAGCCACUGACCAAAGAGCACACAGCGCCCUUCGUGAGGCGGCUCAUCACCACCGCUGCAGCCCUGUACGGCCCAGAGAUCCGCCGGCAGCGGGACCAUUCUGCAGGAGGGCAGGAGGACAGAGCCGCAGCCGCCCGUAGCACCACCACCUCCCACCAAGGGCCUCCUGCCUCUCGCCCAGGCCGCUGUGCCAGCCCUGCAGGCCUCAGCAAUGCGGAGCUCCCAGGCGCCCUUCGUGAGGGUCCAGGACACCCCACCACCAACGCUGUGUCCUCAGAGGAGCCACGGGAGGAGCAGGAGCAGAUGGAGGCAGCAGGUCCCUCCACUCGGCACAAGAAGCCCUCGGCCCGUGGCAGGGAGCGCUUGCCCGGGGGGCCCCGGCGCCCCCUGAAGAGGAAGGCCCGCAGCAGCCCCCGGGAUUCAUCUCCGCCCCGCAAGAGGGGGCCUCGGCGGCAGCACUAGACCAGCAGCCCGCCGCCGGGCGCAGCGUGUCUCAGGCAGAGUGGGAGGCCAACAUCUAACUCCCUCUCUGCUGUGGAGAAAAAAUAAAAAUGUUUAAAAAUUUUAAAACAAAAACCCAAAACUCUCUGUAUUAUUGACAUGGCUG